AUGCAAGUAUCGCGCACAGUCUACCGCGCUGCUCUCCUCCAUCUAUCCGUCAACCCAUUCGUACGCGCCACAAUCUCAGCGGGCUCUACUACCUGGACAUCCCUCAACGCGCCAACCACGCAAUCACCAAACACCCGGCUGUACAGCAUCCUCUUCCCACAGUGCACAACGAGCUUCAAAGCAUCAGACUGCACGCACCAAACCCGCACAAUGUGUGACUCAACCUCGAACCCCAACUCCAACUCUGCAGCCGCUGCGUCCUCAAACCCUGCAACACAAAACCAACAGACGCAAAACCAACAGACGCAAAACCAAGAGAUCCAAGAACAAGAACAAGAAUCCCAACCUGAAAAGCACCUCUACCUCCCCGCUAGCGACCCCUUAAACCCCAUCGCGAACCAACAAGGCGACGGGAGUAUCAAACUCGACAUGAGCGGAGGCGGGACAGCGGUGAAAUUAGAUCAUUUGGGUCCGAUGGUUGUUAAUGUCGACGGGACGUUGUCGCAGAUUGGGAAUUGGCAGCAGAUGACGGAGAUUGAGAAGAGCAAUACUCUGCGCGUUCUUGGGAAGCGGAAUCAGAAGCGGCUGGAGGCUUUGAGGGCUAAGGAGGCGGAGGGAGGAUCGGGUGAAGCUUGA